AUGGCUCUGACGGCCGGCUACAAAGAGGGCGCUGCAGGGACCCCUCUCCACGCUCGGUAUCUUAUCAACAAGCAACAACAGCAGAAUAAGUACAACUACCCCCCCGUCCCCCAAACCCAAAACAACCAACUCACCACUGCCAACGACAACAGAGGGAAAUCCCCGCCGGCGCGAGCGUCCUGCUUCCUGCCAGGAUCCGCAAGCCCUCCAGGCGAUCUCCCUCAAAGGAGCAAAUUAGAUUCCUCCCAAGAGCCAAUUCCUCCAGAAGCUCCACUCUCAACCACAUUCUCGAACCAUCAGCGACCAAACCGCGGGAAUAAAAACGACGAAAAUGGACUCGCAGUAUCCUCCAACCCUUUCGACCCCCUGAACCCCAGAGCAACCCUUCAACCCUUUCGAUCCUUCCCUGAACUCCAGAGCAACCCUUCAACCCUUCCGAUCCUUCCAGGAACUCGCAGCAACCCUUGA